GAUCCAUCUGCUGUGACGUCCCAAACACUAAAGUUUUCUCUCCAGCCAUGCAGCCCUUCAGGCAACAGCUCCACUCAAACAGCGUUGAACCCACUACUGUGUGUGAUGGUGCGCUUUAUCGGUGCUGAACAGUCCCAGUCCUUCGCUGUCUGUGUAUAUUUAAAAACUUUCCUCCGCCUGUUACCGCUGCGGGACUGAAAAGACAGCGACGUGGUGAGCCCAGAUUAUGACGAAAAAGAUGUUAAACUCUGACUGGUUCGAGGUUGUUCUCCUGGUGAUCACAGCCUGUCUUUUGGGGAGUUCUCUCAGCGUUCAACAAUCCAGGGCCAACUUCUACAGACGAACCAGGACCUCAGAUCCUGUUGUGAUUCCACGCCAUGUUUCUUCAGUUUAUCUGAACAAAGACCAGCUUAGACGGCUGCAGUUCAAGCCUACCAUCCACUCAAUCGAGCUGUCAGAGGGCCACGAAGCUAAAUUUAACUGCUCCAUCGACAUCCCCGAUACGAGGCUGGACCCCUCCAUUGUCUGGAAGAAGAAUGACGAGGACCUGUCCAGUGACGAUCACGUGGGGAUCAACGAGCUCCAGAGCAUCACAGAAGGAGUCACGACUUUCCUCUCCACUGUCAUCAUUAAAGCAGUGCAGAGAGUGGAUGCUGGUGAGUACUGCUGCACACUGAGUGUCAACAGUGAGAUAAGAAGGUCUGAGCCAAUCAUUCUGAAGGUAGAAGGUCUGCCAUCAUUUACACAACAACCAGAGGACCUCAAUGUGACAAGGGACACACCUUUCACAUUGACCUGUAUGGCAGAGGGACCUCCAGAACCGGUUCAUAUCCGAUGGCUCCGUGAUGGACUACAUAUUACUGACAAAGUCAUGUCUCCCUACACCUUGUAUGAACAAGGUGUCAACAAGCAAACCCAGUUCAGCUGCGAAGCUCACAACGCAAAGGGUGUCUCUACGUCCAGGGAAGCCAAUAUUAACAUCAAAGUUCUUCCCAGUCCUGUGACUAAUCUUAUGGUGAUUGAGAGACAGUCCAAUAAGCUGAUACUGAGCUGGAGUCCCGGACAUGAUGGCUUCUCUCCCCUCACCAAAUGUCACAUCAGGGUUAAGGAGGUGAGCCAGAGGAAAGGGGAGGUGACCACAACCAGACUCGUCAACGCCACAGUGCCGCCUUUCCAUUGUGAAGUCCCCGGGCUGAAGGCUAUGACAUGUUACAACAUGAGUGUUUCCUGUAGCAAUGAGUUGGGGGCCUCUCCGCUCUCCAUGUGGAUCCAGGACAACACCACAGAGGGAGUGCCAUCAGGUUAUCCCAGAAAUGUCACCAUGCAGCUGAAUGAGUCAUGGCUGGUGGUCAAGUGGAAGCCUCCACCAGAGGACAAAAUAAAUGGCAUCCUGAGAGGUUAUGAUGUUGUUGUAAGACACGGAGCAGCUCAAGAUAAGGUCCACACUAACUACACCACUGCCUUUGUACCUGUGAAAGAAUUCAACAUGACGUACAGCGUGGAGGUGGCUGCAUGUACGCAGGCAGGGAGCGGCAUGGUCAGCCCGCCAUUUUGGCUCUUUGUGCCACCAACGGACGUUACAGGGGUGAUCCCUACGUCCGUCCCAGACACAGAGGUCCCACACGCUGUGUCGGUCAUUCUGGCCGUGUUUUGUGCCAUCUCUCUUCUGCUGCUUAUCAUCUGGGGGGCCCUGUGUUUACGGAACAGGACGUCCGUCUCUUGUUUUGGAUGGGAGCUUGGAAGUGCAGAAAAGUCACAGCCAGUCAUACAGUACACAAACCAGAGAUCAUACAGCCGCUCUGCCGUUACAAUCUCUCUUGGGAACCUUAAUAUAAGUAAUGAACUCCAGGCCAAACUGCAGGACGUUAUGACCGCAAGAAACCUGCUCACAAUAGGAAAGGUUCUUGGAGAAGGUGAAUUUGGCUCAGUUGUCGAGGGACGGUUAGGACACACAGAUGGCACGUCUGAAAAAGUUGCUGUGAAGACAAUGAAAUUGGACAGCUUCUCUCAAAGGGAAAUUGAAGAGUUCUUGAAUGAGGCGGCUUGCAUGAAAGAUUUCCACCAUCCUAAUGUCAUCAGUCUGCGCGGUGUGUGCUUGGACGUUGGCUCUGGACAUUUUCCCAAACCGAUGGUCAUCCUCCCAUUCAUGAAACACGGAGAUCUUCAUAGCUUCUUGCUGCGUUCACGCCUGAAAGAGAGCCCAUUUUUCUUACCCACUCAGACUCUCCUGAAGUUCAUGGUUGACAUUGCUUCGGGCAUGGAGUAUCUCAGCGGACGAAAUUUUCUGCAUCGGGAUCUGGCGGCACGUAACUGCAUGCUGCGUGAUGACAUGACGGUCUGUGUCGCUGAUUUCGGGUUAUCGAAGAAGAUCUACAGCGGAGAUUAUUACAGGCAGGGCAGGAUAGCUAAAAUGCCUGUAAAGUGGAUUGCAGUGGAAAGUCUGGCAGACAGAGUUUUUACUGUAAAGAGUGAUGUUUGGGCAUUUGGUGUUACGAUGUGGGAAAUUGCUACGCGAGGCAUGACGCCAUACCCAGGGGUCCAGAACCAUGAGAUUUAUGACUAUCUUGUUGAAGGCCACAGACUGAAGCAGCCAACAGACUGUUUGGACGAACUGUAUGAGAUAAUGUGCAGCUGCUGGGUAGCUGAUCCAACGGACAGACCGUUGUUUCCCCAACUGCGAGAAAUGUUGGAAAAGCUGUUGGAAAAGCUUCCAGAGUCUUCCAGUAGGGAAGAUAUAAUUUAUAUUAACACCAGCUUUCCUGAAGAGGACCCUGAUCUGGAAGAAGGGCCUGCAGCAGGGCUAGCGUUAAGCUCCUCCCCAUCCUGCAGCCAUGAGGCAGCAGAAAACACAGUAGUUACUGCAGACAUUCAUGAACACCAGCAGCAGGAGGAGGAGGAGGAGGAGGAGCAGGAAGAGGAGGAUGGCAGUAGUCGUUACGUAGUAGUGGUCCCCCCUAAUAAUUCCCUGGGAUCUCCCACAGUGGACACUCCAUUUUUGCCGAGGAAUACUUUGAGUCGAACAAAUGAAGAUCGGGCUUCGGACACGAUGGCAGUGGAACACAGUUCAGAUGACACUUCAUUCCUGUUAAAAUGAUUUACUGCUUGCACAUAAAACUGUGAUUAACGUCUCACCAAGGUUCGCCAGCACUAACGGUUCUGCCUGUUUGCACCACAAGCCCCUUCAGCAUUCCUGCUCUGGAUCUUCUCUUGUGAUAUUAUAUGAUCAGUGUGUGCUUCACAUGGCCAGCUUACAUUUCAGUGUCAGGAAUACUUGAUUUAUGUAAACUCCAAACACGUUUCAGGACUUAUUAGAUACACUUUGCUGAUCUGUGAAACUCUUUGCAGUUUUGAAUAAUGUGUUUCAGUGUAAAUAUGGAAAUGUACAGAAUGUUUAUAAAACAAUCCUCUGUUGUAAAAAUAAAUUUUGUGCUCAUAAAGAGUUUUGUACAUUGAAACUGAA